ACUGACGUCCCUCCUACUCUUGCGACCCGCCACCACUUUGCAGCUCAAACGACCGACAGCAAGGUCCGGCACGAGAUCGGCCUCACGAACCGCCAUGCCUGCGACAAACGAACCGUUCUACAUCCGAUACUAUUCGGGGCACAUGGGUCGUUUCGGCCAUGAGUUUCUCGAAUUCGACUUUCGCGUUGUGGGAGACGGCCGUAGCGCUGUCGCAAGAUAUGCAAACAACUCCAACUACCGCAAUGACAGCUUGAUUAGGAAAGAGAUGUGCGUCAGUUCUAUCAUAGUCGACGAGAUCAAGCGCAUCAUUACGUCGAGCGAGAUCAUUAAGGAAGACGAUUCGAAGUGGCCGCAGAAGAACAAAGAUGGGCGGCAGGAGCUGGAGAUUCGACUGGGAAAUGAGCAUAUAUCCUUUGAGACGGCCAAGAUAGGCUCGCUCGUAGAUGUGACCGAAUCCGCCGACCCUGAAGGCCUUCGCGUGUUCUACUACCUCGUGCAAGACCUGAAAGCACUUGUUUUCAGCUUGAUUGCAUUGCACUUCAAGAUCAAGCCUAUUUAGACUGGGACCCGGGUGUUUGAUCAAUUGGACGCUCGAAAAGCGACAAUGAGGCGUCGACGUGCCCCUCUCCCGAACGAAGCCAAGUAACGCGCGACGAGCCCACCCUCGGAGGCUUGGCAAGAUUCUCUUCCAAUCGGCUUGCAAUCAUGAAAGGACUGUGCACUUGCAUGGCGUUGGACAUGGUGGUCGUCUUUGGGUUGCGGGUAUAAAAGGGCCUAUCAGCCAGGAGUCUUUGGAAGUGGGAAUUUUGGGCACUGAAUUACAGGCCACGGCAACAGAUAUAGAGACACCAGCACUGGGACAAAGAGUGAUUGGGAGCAACGCCUAGUGUUGGACCGAAACUGCUUCCCGCUGAACCUGGUCCAAGGCAAAUUGAUCAAGUACUCGGGAGGCUGCUUGGAGGCGGUCGAGUAUUUGAUGGGGGCUCUAGAAUUCGGAAUGAAAAACUGCCCUCCAAUCUAGGACUUGACUUUCAUGUACGUGGCCAAGUGUACGAUACUAGUCCGCAGUGAUGGACCCGAGCAAUUGGGCAAUGAGGAUGUCUUAUGUGAAGAAUGACAAGGUUGGUCAAGGCCACCUGAUGAGGUACUAGAA